AUGUACUCGCCCAGCCGCCCAACCUCGACCAGCCCAAGCACGCCCUCCUCAGGGAGAUCCCACACAGGAACCGCCGCCGCCUCUCGCCAUCAAAGCUUGCUCCACUCAACUCACUCCCAUCAACAGCAACAACAAAAACAACAGCAGCAACAGCAACAGCAACAACAGUUAGCCAUGCCAGGAGAACUUCGCCAGGCGCACCAUCUCCCCCUGGAGCAACUACAACAACCACUUCCUCCACCACCACCAGUGCCACAAUUUCAAACCCUGCCCGUGCUAAACUCCAUCAACCGCGUUUCAAGGACAUAUUACAGCAAGCAUGACCAGGGAGUCGUCUACAUGGCAAGGACACCUGGUGUCAGUCUCCACCGACAGACAGAUAUGCGGAGAGAAUCUUGCGAGAUCAUCGCCGCCAUCGGGAAGCGCAUUGGAUUGUAA